AUAUGUUUUCUUUACAGUCGAGUAUGUUUCCUAGUUCCGAAUUUGGAACAGCAAAACUGCCGCCUUUUAGUGCUCCAGGUGGAUGUUUUGUCAACUACAAUCAAGAAAUUCCUGAUUCGAAACUUGUAAACUAGGUUAUGUUUAUAAAAUGCUUGUAGUAAUGUCAGCACAAGCAGUUUCAUAGGAACUGUAACGUGCUAUGCAAUCACGACCGGAAUAAUCCCGGCCAUCUCGGGGUUCAUAAAGAUCAGCACCGGUGAUUUGGGAGACGAUGUGCUCGAGAAGGAGAUCCCGAUGCCUGUGGCUGGCUCGUGGCUGCCGUUCAGCAUCAACAACCUCUCCACCUAUUCGCUGCUGGCAGGCUUCCAGCAGUUCGCCAUCUCUCUGCACCUGUUCAUCUACAUGGGCUGGUUCGCCAUGACCUCCUCAGCUAUGAUGAACAUCAGUUCGGCGCUCAAGCUGUUGGCCUGCUUUGUUGAUGAAAUGGAUGAACGUCUCGGAGGCAUUGUAGAGGGCAAACCGCUUGAUCUCUACAUAAAGUUCAUGGUCGAUUAUCAUAAUGCAAUUUACAAGACAAUCAAAGACUAUGACAGUGCUACAGCAGUUAUGAUGCUACUCUUAUAUGCUGUAUGCGUGGUUGAGCAAUGUGUAUCAUUCUUUUGUAUUUAUGAGGUAAAUGACAGAGGCAUGCAAAUUACAUUCUUGGGAGUAUUAAUCGUUAAUAUUCUCAUUCUGGGAUCAUUCACAUUUUUUGGACAAUUCAUUAUUGAUGAGGGAGAAAAAUUACGACUUUCUUUAAAUCACAGUAACUGGAUAAAUAAAUGUAAUAGCUACAAGAGAAGUCUACUCAUCAUUAUGGCCAAUACACAAAAGGAUGUAGCACUGAAACCUGCCGGACUUUAUGUCUUGGAUAGACACACUAUCAUGCUAAUUGCUAAUGCCAGCUACUCUUAUCUGAGUUUGAUGAGGAAUUUCAAAAAAUAGCAUAAGGAACAACACAGUGAUAGCGAUUCAUGGAGAGAACUUGAUUAUCAUAAUAAAUUCAGUUAAUAGGUAAAUAGUAGUGAGUAAAAUUAUGUUGAAUCUCUUCAA